UCGAAAAUGCGCAAGACCUUUUCUUUCUUCUUCUUUGCCCCUUUAGGGUUUUAUAACUGUUUAAGACUCCUUAUUUUCGAUCAUUAUUCUAUUGUCUCGAAGAAUUCAAGAUCGAAAUCAGAUCGGUUUAAUUCGAGAGUAGUGCUUAUUGAAGAAGAAGAUCCAUUUGAGAAGAAGAAGAAGAAGAAGAAGAAGAAGAGCCGAAUAAAUUGGUUGGUGUUGAUGAUGAAAGCCAUACAAUGAUUAAUAAUUCAAGCGAAAAGGAGCUUUUCUCAAAGCAGGAAGGUGUUCAUAAGGAUAACAAAGCUGCAAUUGUUACUAAUUCAAGAUCAUGGUCAGGAUUGAAAGAUCCAAGAAUUGUUCGUGUUUCACGUUUGUUUGGAGGAAAAGAUCGGCAUAGCAAAGUAAGUACUGUGAGAGGAUUAAGAGAUCGAAGAGUUCGGCUUUCAGUGCCAACAGCAAUUCAGUUAUAUGAUCUUCAAGACAGGCUUGGUCUCAAUCAACCGAGCAAAGUCGUCGAUUGGUUACUAAAAGCAGCUCAACAUGAGAUCGAUAAGCUUCCUCCACUUCAAAUUCCACCGGGAAGUUUCCUUCAUUUUUCCCUACCAUCACCAUCACCAUCACCGUCGGUUCCUCCUCCCGAAGCUUCUCAAGCUCAAGCUCAAUCUCUUCUCCCCAUAUUUGAUGAUUCUGACAAAACUUGUGCAAGCGGAGCUCAAUCCACCGCUCUUUCAUCUAGUAAGUCGAGUGAUGAAUUUGAAGAUCUCACGUUGUUGCAAAGGCCUACUCUAUGGAAGAUGGGAACCAAAGAAGCAGAAAAAUCAAGCAUCAUCCAAGGUAAUGAAGUAGAACAUCAUCACGGCCGUGUUUUUAGACCUAUUCAUCCUUCUUUUUCGAGCUUAUUACACAAUCCAUUGCCAUACAACACUUCUUUUUAUCACUACUGAUCAAUCGGUUUCAUUAGCAAGCCAUUCUUCGAAUAAUCAAGAUGAAGUUUCUCCUGGUCAUAAUUGUCAUCCUCCAUCAAUCAUUUCAUCGCCUUACAUGAUGCCUUCGUUGCUCACAUCGUAUGCUAUCUCUCAAAAUGAGUUUUGUAACAAAGAAUCUUCUCAUUUUCAAAUGCCAAUUAGCUCUACUUCCACUUCAGAAGGUCUUCCAUUGAAUCAUCCUCUAAGAACUUCUCCUCAUUCUCCCAGCUAUCCUAUGACAUACUUCCACUCAAAUUUAGCACCUAAACAUUGAUCAUGCCCAAAAAAGUGCUGCUUGUUAUUUAUAAUCUAAAGAUUCAGUAAAAAGUUUUCAGGUAUUCUUAUGCUCUUUAUAAACA